AAAUUUGCAUCUCAGAUCGUGUUUGGCGAAGGAAUUAUCGAGGUCAGCAGGCGGUAGCGCUAGUGUCUGAAGAAUUAUUCACAAGUUGGCGUGGAGUUUGGACAAAACCGUUCGAGAGCAUCUUUCUUCACAAUAUUUCAUCUUUGUGACAAUUUUUCCAAGAGGGAGAGAAUAUAUUCUACAGGUUCUCGGACGUUUACACUGGCACAAAGGCGCCAUUUUUGGCUGGACUUUACCUCCAUUUCCCACCCUCCUGUUGUGGAGGGGAGACUGUAGCAUUCCCCCCUCCCCUGUGAGGUGAAGACGCUAGGAAUGGCCUCCGUACCCACCGGAGCAGCCCCGGGGCCAGGCAAGAAGCGUUCCCGGAUCCCUGUACGGGUGUGCCCGAGACCACAUGACGUCAAUUCGCCUAUCUGUAAGAUCCAGAGAACUCUAGAGGCUAUGAACAUCGACUGUGCGAAGGAGGUACCAGAGAGCAGCCAGACAGCAGAUGUGUCCAGCACAGGCGGCCCCAGCACGUGGUGGAACACCACAGCCACUAUCAGCUGGGCCUCCGGAGUGGACUCCAGCACACCCCUAACCUUCUCUGCUAUCAACGGUGACCAUCCUACCACAUCUGCAUUUACACCAGUCAGCACACCCAACUUCACUCCUCUCCACAGAGGAAAAAAGGCAGAAACAGCAGCCAUAGACUCUACCCCAGUUCUAGGUGGUUUAUUGAGGAGAGCAGCCACCCAGCAUCCCGUUAACCAACACUCACACAUGAACAUGGUGACUCCUGGCUGGACCCCAGUUGUGUCCACUGGUGUAGCAGGGCAGUGUUGGUCAACAUCAGGAAAACAAGUGAAGACCAGCACACCCUAUAAUUGCUGGCUGAUGGAGAAGACCUCGAGUAUCUCCAGCCUGUCCUCCAGUGACCUGGUUCUCCCCACACCACCCUCCUCCAUCAAGCGUCCCUUCCCGUACUCAGUGCCGACCCAGGACUCCAUGGAGUACAUCCAGCUGGACUCCUGCCCUCACACACAGAAGAAACUCCCACGCAGAAGACUCACAGUUGUUGGAGAGGAGUCACCCCCACCCCCUGAGUGUGUGCAGACCCCAUGUGGAGACACCCUAGCUGCACCUGACCAUGACUUGGGUGUGUCCACCCUCCACCUCUCCUCACAUCACAGCCAGGCCUGCUGCACCCAGACUGGGUUGGCUUAUGAUAUAGAGACUGUGGUUUAUGCUCCUCCAGUGCCAAAACUGGGACCUGAACCCACAACCCUUCAACCUCCUGCUGACGUCUCUAAUGUCAUCAGUAAUGUCUUAGAUCUGCCUCUCAGCAUGCUGCCUGAUGAAAGCAUGGAGAAACGGGAAUGUUCAGUCACACAGUCCCCUUACUCUAACUGUCAUAUACCAAACCACGUCCAGUCCAAGGAAAGUUUGGUUGGGAAGAACCACUGUGAAAGUUGUCCACAGAACAUAGGUGUUAGCUCAGAGUGUAGGAAUGAAGGACAUUUGGGAGAUAACACACAGCACCACACAAGGAGAGAAUCCUCUAGCUCUCAGGACAGCUGCACAUGUCAUGUGCUUUCACAAAGGGCACCAAAUGUUGGGUUGCCGGAGUGUGUGGAUGGGCCACAGAAUAGCAACAAAACAAGCAGCAAUGGUCAUCCGAAUGUCACGUCUCUGGGACAUCACAGUGGAACAGAAUCACUGGUUUCCACCAACUCGCCACAGGAGAAGACAACGGGCUCCAACAAACAGCUUAUACGAAUCUUACCUGAACAUAUCAAGCAGCCAGGUCAUAGUAAACGGCAUGUGUAUCUAGCUAUAGAGGAGAACCAAAUACAAGAUAAACUCAACUCAACUCAACAAGAUAGUAUGGAGGGUGUGAAAGGCAGUAUUUCUUCUGUCCAGAGGGGAAAAGGUCCAGAGUGUGGAGAUGAUAGCCCUCCACCUGUGAAAGUAUGCAGAUUAUCACAACCUACAGAUGCCACUGUGUGCACAGGUCCUGGUGGUAAUAACAUCAGUACAGGGACUGACAGGUAUAACAUCCAACGCAACCCACCAUUGGCAUACUUACGCCAUUCUGAAACAUUUAAUGUACUGCAAAACUGUUGCAUGGAAAGUUCUAGAGAUGACCCGACCUUCUCCUGUUCAACAUCUCAUGAUCCCCCCAUUGACACUUCAUCACUUCAUGGUAAGAUCAGUUUUAAACAAGUUUCUGAUGCAGGCCCAAACCUCACGGCUACGUUUGCAGACAGUGCCUUAGGUCUGAGUGUCUCUAGUUUUGACACUGAUCCCCACAUUGAGAUCCAUGGACUGUCUUCUGUUCCUGACACAAUGAUGACUGAAGAGGGAGACCGUAUCAUGGGAGAAACAAUAUCUCACACAAGUAAAGGUGGUAGGAAGGUUUCUCGUAUACAGGAUGGACAUGACGAGCAACAAGAGCUGCUACUUAUAGAUUUCAAGGAAAACAUGAAGUUGGAGCGCCGUGUCCACUUCAAACUGUCCCCAGAGAAGCACCCUGCCCCACCACCGUCACCAUCAAACACUGGUCCUGACAAAACUGGGAAGCAAUUUUCCCCAAGAAAACAGUCUAAGAAAUCCCCCAGGAAGAACAGCCCUCGCUCCAGCCCUGCCAAGUCCCGGUUUUCUGCAGUGAAAUUAAGAUCCAGCCCCCUGAAAAGAUGUAGUCCAUCCAAACUGCACAUCUCCUCAGGAAGGAGUAGAGCAAGCCCAGCAAAAAGGCGCCAUCCAUCAGAAGUCAAUAAAGUAAGGAAAUCACUUCUUGGUGAUUUUGGUAGCAUGAAGACACCGGCCACCAUUAAAAGGAAACUGUUCACGCGGGACUUGCCUCGCAGGGAAGCAUGGAGCCGUCGUGAUACAGCAGAGGUUGUGAUGGAGACAGAAGCUAUGGAUGACAGUGGCCUGUCGCUGUCACUGUUCGUCUUGAACGAGCAUCAACCAGGCAGCAAGUUGGGCUGGGACUAUGUGGACAUAAUCGGAGAGCUGACUCAUGUGUAUAGCAUGCCUAUGAUUGUCGAAUCCAUCCUGGCAUAUUUGGACCCUCCUGACCUCAGCAGUAUGUGCUGUGUGUCCAAAGAGUGGCAGCAGGUGUGCAUGGGUGACAGGAAGGCUGAGCAGUGCCGACAGAUGUACCUCCGACAGCGCAGGAGACUGGCUCCCUGGGUUGGGAAGGAAAACCUUAUCAAGUGGCGUUCUCGAGAGUUAGGCAGUCUGACAGAGACCAAUUCUGCCCUGGCGACCUUACAGCUGCAACGCAUCGUCACACCUACACAGGCCACACCCACCAUGUCCAGACAUGACCAAUUCUCCAAGUUGGCCAGAUUAUUGCCCUAUGGACAUUACUUGACUCCCUGUAUCCGCUGUCGGUCUCCUGCACAUGUCAUCCCCAAGAACCAUCGGGCCACGUGUCAGCAGGACAGCUGUAAGUUUGACUACUGCCUGCACUGCAACUGCGCGUUUCACGGGGACGUCCCCUGUCCCGCGCUCACCCCGAUCGCUUCUCCAGCACCAGUGCGUGGAAAGAAGGUCCGAGCCAGUCCGGUGGCUGGCAGCAAGAGGAGUAAGAGAAGAUUGCGUCGAUUGUGAACAGCAGACUGUCAAUGUUGAUCAGCAAGGGUCAGCUGACAGUGGUGCUGUGUAAGAUGUGGAGGUUUGAACAUUGUGUCUUGUCUAGAGAGUUGUUACUUUUCCAUGUCCUGGCAGCUAUAUUUUAGGGCAGCUAUGAUAUCCUUCUGAAGGCAGCUACAGGAUACAUCCCUUUGACCUUGUUGUAAAAUCUCAAAAUGUUGCAGUUUUAUUGAUGAUUAAAUAGUAGCUCGUUUUAAGGAAAGCCUUGAAGGUUUUCUUGGGUUAAACUACAGUGAAAUAGGUUGACAUCUAAUGUAGUUUGAUUUUUCUGACUAAUAGAUAUUUUACAUGUCCUCUGCCUAUUCUUGGACUACCAGCUAGUUACAUGUAGUUGUUGCUACUAUUAGCCAUACAAUAUUAUAGGAGACCUAAAUGUGAGUUUACUUAUUAGAAACAAAAAUGAAUUUCAUUGGUGCAAGUUGCUUUUGUCUAAGAAAUUACCGCCAUUAGAAAUAGCUGGCACGCACAAAAAGAAGAUUAUCUGGCUAUGAAAGGUAAAAGAAAAUAUCCCCGAAUCAAAAAAAAAAAAUCAGUGUAAAUUCAUUUAUGAAAGUUAGGCAUCCAGGUAUACAAUAUUUUAAGACAAUUCAAUCUCUACAAUGUUGACAGAAUCUCUGAUGUUGUCUUACCAUAGGAACUUUGGUCCACCACUUUUCAUCAUGCAGAUAAUUUUCUUUUGGUGCAAGUGAUUUUGCAGUCAACUUGAGCUCUGAGAUGUGUAUCUUUGACCGAGUGACCCACCUCCAAGUCAACAAAAAGGUUAUGAUCACUGUCACAGUACGUGUAGUAUAAUGUUUACAAACCUAGAGUACAAUAGUUACUGUCUACUUUGGUGAGUACUAGUAUUAGAUACUGUUACAAGUGAAGUGUCGAGUUUUUCAGCUCUGGUAUCUUCCUCAUAAUUGUGAGUUCAGGAGGUAAUAAGUCAAGUCUUCCAAGUUUGUCCUCAGGAAAACUACCAUUGAAAAGAGUAGACUAUCACCAUGCAGUUGUCUACCAUAGCAAAUACUUGCAUUCUUAGUUAUCUGUUGUCCAUUAUUAUGAAACAAACUAUCUUGACGAAAAAUGGGCAUUCUAAUCAUAACUCUUUGCAUUAUCAUUUUUAUCAUUCCUGACAAUUAUGAAUAGCAUUUAACUUGUAUAUAUAUAUGUAUAUAUAUAUAUAUAUAUAUAUAUAUACACAUGACAGAGAACUCUGUAUGAAUGAAUAUGGCCAUAUUAACAUUGUAAUUUUCCAGAGAGACACAAGUACAUUUUAUCACUCCAUGUGCAAUAGUUGUAAAUUUUAGAAAUACUAGUCUUAAGUUCUUUAGUACUUUAGAAUUGUAAUCAAGACUAGAAAAUGUGUUGUCAACUUUGCAAACAGAAUAAAGGAAUUUUAACCUACCAAA